AUAGUAGUAGUACUAACUUGCCCAAUUCUAUUCUCACACUGCACAAACUACCAACCAAAAUACACUGUAAUUUUCUAAUUCUCAUAAAAACUGUCGAAAUCACAUAUAUAAAUUUCCCUAUGUUAUCAAACUUAGUCAAAAAAUUUUUUUAUGCGUGUGAUAAAAGCCAAGCAAAUUCUUAUGUUAUCUUCUUUGAACUGUAAUCUCAAGGCCGACUGCUAUCUUCUUGACCUAGCAGGUUGACGUCAGCCAACAGUAGCGCACCACAAUCAUUAUUUGCUGAUAAAAAUAGAUGCAAGCUUGGUGGUUAUGACUGCACUCAUUGAAGGUCUUCCCAAUGCUGUUGCCCUUAGGUGCAUUGCACGGGUUCCGUUCCACCUUCAUCCAAAGUUAGAGCUUGUUUCCCAUUCCUGGAGAGCUGCCAUUCGAAGUACCGAACUAUUUAAAGCGAGAAAGGAGGUCAACUCGUCUGAAGAGUUUUUAUGUGUAUUUGCAUUUGAACCUGAAAACUUAUCGCAGCUUUAUGAUCCUAUGCAUGACCGUUGGAUUACUCUCCCUAUUCUCCCCUCAAACAUCAGUCAUCUUGCUCGCUUCAGUGUUGUUUCUACUGCUGGAAAGCUGUUUGUUUUAGGCGGUGGCAGUGAUGCUGUGGAUCCAUUGACAGGUGACCAAGAUGGGAUUUUCGCGACUGAUGAGGUCUGGUCAUAUGACCCUGUAACCCGUGUGUGGAGACGGUGUGCGUCUAUGAUUUUCCCUCGUGCCAUGUUUGCUUGUUGCGUGUUGGAGGAUAAGAUAAUUGUUGCAGGGGGUUUUACUAACUACAGGAAAUCAAUAUGUAACGCGGAAAUCUAUGAUCCAGAAAAGGAUGUCUGGGUUCAAUUACCCGAUCUCCAUCACGCGCACAAUUCCGCAUGCUCAGGAGUGGUUGUUGGCGGUAAAGUUCAUGUCUUGCAUAAAGGUUUAUCGACUAUUCAGGUUUUGGAAAAUGUCAAGCAAGGUUGGACCGUUCACGAGUAUUCUUGGCUCCAGGGUCCAAUGACUGUCGUUAGGGAAAAGCUUUAUGUUAUGAGCAAUUGGUUCAUUUACAAGCAGGAAAAAGAAGUAAGAGAGAUGGUAGUUUCAGCAUCUGAGUUUCGUAGAAGAAUUGGGUUUGCUAUGAUAGGGCUUGGAGAUGAUAUUUAUAUAGUUGGAGGGGUUAAUGGACCUGAGCAUUGGAAUUGUAACAUCAAAGUGCUGUCUGAUGUUGAUGUAUUGACGCUUGGAAAUGAGAGGUUGGUGUGGCGUAAGGUUGCUCCAAUGACAAGGUGCAGAGGGACAAUCCUUGCCUGCACACAGCUGAGAAUUUAGGACAUGCAUAAUGUGGAUGAAAUUCAAUGCAGUGUUUUAGGGUAAAUGCUACAAUAAACGAUUGACAAUAAAAUGGCUGCUAGUUGUAGCACGCAGCGUACUGGUGAAUAGGAAAAACGAAUUAAGAUUACUAAUGACGGAUGGAAGUUGAGGGUGAAUGUGUUAGGUGCCUGGCCCUUCUCUCCUUCUCCGUAGACUGAAUAUGAUGGGGAUCUUAUCUGAAAUGACCUUUGUGAGCUGUCUCGGCUUAGCUAUUACCUGUCUAAAAGCUACGGUAAAUAAAAUCCCAUGCCAGAAACGCGGAAGAAAUGAGAUGUUCAGCUUUCUUGCACCCUGCUUGUCUAAUGUGUAAAUCCUAUUGCUUUCAGCUGCUGAGUUCUUAGAGGAAUGAAGUUCAGUUCGUACUUUGAGAACUAGAGAUAUUAUCAUGACAUAUUACAUGUAUUUGCAUUAAUGAGCACUAUAGUGCUAAAUACUUGGUUACUUCAGUCCUGCUUUCGUUGCUUAAGGGGCAUUAUUUUGUCGAUUGAGGCGUAGUUGUUAUUGUUUUUGUUGUCAA